CACCGACUUCAACCGCCAGGCCUGAGCUUUUCCCCCCGAACCGGGCCGCCGAUCCUCUCAGGGAGAAGCGAGCCCUGACUUCCUUCUCUGACUUCCUGCGUGGCAAGAUGGCGUCGGUGCUGGAGGAGGAGCUGUCCUGCCCCGUGUGCCGGGACGUCUUCAGCGACCCGGUCUUCCUGCCCUGCAGCCACAGCUUCUGCCGGCGCUGCCUGCAGAGGUGGUGGCGGGGGAAAGACGUGCCCGAGUGCCCCAUCUGCAAGCGGGCCGCCGGGACCCUGGACCCGCCCUGCAACCUGGCGCUGAAGAACACGUGCGCGGCCUUCCUGCUGGAGAGGGACCGGGCCUCUGCCGCCGGGUCGACCGACCUCUGCGGCCUGCACGGUGAGAGGCUGAAGCUGUUCUGCCGGGACCACCGAGAACCCGUGUGCCUGGUCUGCCGGGACUCGGACACGCACCAGAACCACCGGUUCAGGCCCGUGGACGAGGAAGCGCGGGGUCGCCGGGCGGCGCUGGAGGAGGUUCUGGCACCGGUCCGGGAGAAGCUGGAGCUGCUUCAGCAGGUCCGCGGGAACUUGGACCGGACCGCGGCUCACAUCCGGGCCCAGGUCCAGCGCACGGAGCGGCAGGUCAGGACUCAGUUUGAGAAGCUGCACCGGUUCCUGCAGGAGGAGGAGGAGGCCCGGCUCACCGCUCUGAGGGACGAAGAGGAGCAGAAGAGUCGGGUUCUGGCCCGGAAGGUCCAGGCUCUGGGGGACGGGAUGGCGUCGCUAUCGGAGGUGAUCCGGGCCACGGAGGAGGUUCUGCGGGCCCGGGAUGUGGUUCUGCUGCGGGGGUACGAAGCGGCAGCGGAGGGAGUCCGGCGGCGCCGCCUGCCGGACCCUCCGGCGCUGGACCCGGGAGCUCUGAUCGACGAGGCCAGACACCUGGGCAACCUGGGCUUCAACAUCUGGAACCGGAUGAGGGACACGGUGUCCCGGACCCCCGUGAUUCUGGACCCCAACUCGGCCGAGCAGGGCCUGGUCCUGUCCGACGACUUGACCGGCGUGAGCCGCGGUGAGAGGCGGGCGCUGCCCGCGAACCCGGAGCGCUUCGAGUGCCAGGGCGUGGUCCUGGCCGCCGAGGGCUUCGACUCGGGCCGCCACGACUGGGUGGUGGAGGUCGGCGCCGGCAGGGCCUGGUUCGUCGGCGUGGCGACGGAGAGCUUCAGGAGGAAGGGCCGGGCCGACCUGAGGACCGGACUCUGGGCGGUGUGCUUCUCCAGGGGGACGUACGUCCUGCUCUCCCCGACAGAGCCCCGCUGCCUGCGGCUCGGCGCGGGGCUGCGGGCCGUCGGCGUCCGGCUGGACCUGGACGGCGGGACGUUGUCCUUCUGGGACGCCGAGACCCGGACCUGCAUCCACACCACCACACAGGUGCAUCCUGGGAAGCUGUUUCCGGUCUUCUACACGGGGAGCGAAGUCCCGCUGAAGAUACUACCGCGAGUGUUUGAUGACGGCGAGGCGGUUACUGAGGAGGAGGGAUGUGGUGAUGAUGGUUGUCAAGGGGACGAUGAUGAUGAUGAUGAUGAUGAUGAUGAUGAUGAUGAUGAUGAUGAUGAUGAUGAGGAUGAGGAACAAGUCUGAGGAAGGUUUCUUUUAUUAGUUGGCAUCUAAAAAUCUAAUUUUCUUCCUAAAGGAACUAAAUGUAGACUGACACGUCUAGAUUACGGUGAUAUGGUACAUAGGUCUGCCUCCAAAACUCUUCUCAACAAACCUGUUAAUUAUCUUGCUGAAUUAUCCUAUUAUUAAGACGAUAUAACUUAAAUUAAGUUAGUUUGUUUCAAUGAAUCUACCAGGUAUCCCAUACAUUAACAUGGAAAUGGGGGCAUUCUCUCUGGUCCCCGAUU